UCGUAGCUAUCUAAGAAAAUAAUCCAUUUGCUUUGCAUAAGUUAUUUCCUCCAGAACACCAUAUUCUUUCUUCUGUUUUUCUGGUCAGAAAUAUACCAUGGACUUAUCAAACUUCUAUUUGUGCUCUAUCCUGGUAGCACUCUGUUUCCAGGCCAGGAUGGCAUGCAAUUCAAAUGACCGAGCAGCUCUGAUUGGUUUCUCCAAUUGUUUAACGUCAAUAAUUGAAGCUUGGAAUAGCUCCACUGCUGAUUGCUGUACUUGGGAUGGUGUCACUUGCGACAAUUCCACUGUUUUAAGCAAAAGGGUCAUUGGACUAGAACUUGGGAACAAGAGACUCACAGGAACAAUCUGCCAGUCCUUGGCAGUAUUGGAUCAUCUCGGAUUCCUGAACCUCUCUCAUAAUUUUCUUCACGGUACCCUUCCAACUAAAUUAUUCACUCUGCAAAAUCUGGAAGUUCUUGACCUGAGCAACAAUGAUUUUACCGGUUCAAUUCUAACAGGUGGUGAUUUGCCCUCAAUCAGGUUUGUCGACUUGUCAAAUAACUAUUUUGUUGGUUCUCUCAAUUCAACACUUUGUGAAACCUUACCCCGUAUUCAAGUUCUCAACCUGGCAAGUAACAGUUUCACUGGUGAAGUUUCAAAUACUUUUGGAAGAUGUACUUCUCUGCUGCAUCUCUCUCUUAAAGGCAAUAGUCUCUCUGGAAGAUUUCCUGAGAGCCUAUUGCACCUGCAAGAUCUUCGUGUAUUGCAUCUUGAAGAUAAUCAAUUUUCUGGACCACUGGAUGCUGGAUUAGGCAACCUCUCUAACCUUGUGGAGUUGGAUAUUUCCUCCAAUAGCUUUUCUGGAAUUCUUCCUGAUGUUUUUGGGAAGCUUGGAAAACUUGCGGAAUUCUCUGCCCACACAAAUAAAUUCACUGGCCACAUGCCUGUGUCAUUGGUGAAUUCCCCAUCCCUUGAAACUCUUAAUUUGGACAACAAUACCCUCAAUGGUUCUAUCAAUAUCAACUGUUCUGCAAUGAUUCAUCUCGUUUCUCUGUAUCUUGGUUCAAAUAAUUUCCAUGGUCCAAUCCCUGAAACCUUCUCCUCUUGCCACAGCUUGAGUAUUUUAGAUCUUAGUGGAGACAAACUUGGUGGAGAAGUCCCUUCCAACUUCAAGAAUCUGCAGGCCCUGACGUCCCUCUCACUCUCAAAUACAAACAUUACAAACAUAUCGGCAGCCCUUGGAAUUCUACAAAAAUGCAAAAACUUGACUUUUCUAGCCUUGGAUCGCAAUUUUCAGAAUGAACAAAUGCCCAGUGAUGUGAAUUUGCAGUUUAAAAAUCUCAGGGUGCUCCUUAUGCAAAAUUGUCAACUCAGAGGUUCAAUUCCACUAUGGCUGAGGCGUUGCAAAAUGCUGCAGUUAUUAGUUCUCUCUUGGAAUCUUUUGGGCGAAACAGUGCCAUCCUGGCUAGGCAAUUUCAAUAGUCUCUUUUACUUGGAUUUGUCCAACAACUUGUUCACUGGUGAAAUACCAAUAAGCUUGACAGGACUACAGACCCUCACAAAUAGGAAUAAUUUAAUUGAUGGCAAUGCCACAGGCAUACCUCUAUACAAGAAGACUGGGGGAUCUGGUGGAAGUUUGCAGUAUAAAAAAAUUGGGAGCCUUCCACCAACUAUGGAUCUAAGUUAUAACAAGCUGAUUGGACCAAUCUGGCCAAGUUUUGGAAACCUGAAAAGUAUUCAUGUUUUAAAACUAAAGAAGAAUGAGCUUUCCGGGCCAAUUCCGAGUGAUUUAUCUGGAAUGUCAAGUUUGGAAAUUUUGGAUUUGUCCCAUAACAAAUUAACUGGAGAAAUUCCCAGUUCAUUGGUGAAGCUAAGUUUUCUAUCCAAAUUCAGUGUAGCAUACAAUCAAAUUUAUGGGGAAAUUCCAACAGGAGGCCAGUUCUUGACCUUUCCAUGUUCAAGCUUUGAGGGGAACAAUGGUUUAUAUGGUGGUGAUGGGGCUUUUACUUCAUGUCAACUUGCCCAUCUUCCUCUUUCUCCUCCUGCUACUGCUGCUACUCAGCCUCCCACAGAAAAAAUGACUAUUUUAGGUGUGCAGUUUGGGAUAGGAGCUGCCAUUGGCUUUGUCCUCACUGUUAUCUUUUGCUUCAUGUCUGGCUGGGUGAUCGCGAAGCCAAAGGAAGAAAGAAGGAACUACCAUCAGAAACUAAGGCAAAAGUUUCCAAACCUAUAUGGCGUGCAAUCCAAGUGACCUACUAGCUCUCAAUGGUUUCUCCAAUUGUUUGACAUCAAAGAUAGAUGGCUGGAAUAGCACUGCUUCUGAUUGCUGCACUUGGACUGGUGUCACUUGUGAUAAUUCCACUUAUUUAAGCAAAAGAGUUAUUGGGCUAGAACUUGGGAACAAAAGACUCACAGGAAUGAUCUGCGAAUCCUUGGCAGGAUUAGACCAACUCAGAAUCCUGAACCUCUCUCACAAUUUACUCCAUGGUACCCUUCCAGCUAAAGUAUUUGGUCUGCAGAAUCUGGAAGUUCUUGAUUUGAGCAACAAUGAUUUUGUUGAUUCAAUACCACCAAUUGGGAAGAUGUCCUCAAUCAGGUACGUAGACUUGUCAAAGAAUUACUUUAAAGGUUCCAUAAAUGCAACACUUUGUGAAAUCUCACCCCAUAUACAAGUUCUCAACUUGGCAAGUAACAAUUUCUCUGGUGAAGUUUCAAGAAGUUUUGGGCAAUGUACUUCUCUGCAGCAUCUCUUCCUUAAUAGCAAUAGUCUGUCAGGAAAUUUUCCUGAGAGUCUCUUGCAGCUGCAAAAUCUUCAUGUACUGCACCUUGAAGAUAAUAUAUUUUCUGGACAACUGAAUGCCGAACUUGGUAACCUUUCUAACCUUGUUGAGUUGGACAUCUCCUCCAACAGGUUUUCUGGAAAUCUUCCUAAUGUUUUUGGCAAGCUUGGAAAACUUGAGCACUUCUCAGCCAACACAAAUAUGUUCAGUGGCUACCUGCCCGAGUCAUUGGUGAAUUCCCCA